AUGGCGCCCCGGGGACCCCCGUGCGCCCCGCAGGGCCCGGCCGCCUGCUCCCCGCGCCCCUGGCCGUCGCCGCCGCCGCCGCCGCCACGCUCGCGGCCGCUGGAGCUGCUCCUGCUGCUGCUGCUCCUGCUGCUGGUCGCCGGCUGGGCGGCUGGGCGCUCCCCCGAGCCCGGCGCCCCGGGGCCCCGCGCGCGCCUCGCCCGGCAGCCACCCAGCCCGCCCGGCGCAGAGCAGCCCGGCCCGGCUCCGGGUCCCGGCCCGGCUCCCGCUCCUGUUCCCGGCCCGGCUCCGGGUCCCGGCCGGGGGCGCCGCGCGCGGGCGGCGCCGGGGGCCGGGGCGGCUUCGCGGGCGCAGGUCUCGCUCAUCAGCACGUCUUUCGUGCUCAAGGGGGACGCGACGCACAACCAGGCGAUGGUGCACUGGACCGGCGAGAACAGCAGCGUCAUCUUGAUCCUGACCAAGUACUACCACACAGACAUGGGGAAGGUUCUGGAGAGUUCUCUGUGGCGGUCGUCAGAUUUCGGGACGUCCUACACCAAGCUCACGCUGCAGCCUGGCGUCACCACUGUCAUCGACAGCUUCUACAUCUGCCCCACCAACAAGAGGAAGAUCAUCCUUGUGAGUUCGUCGCUCGGCGACCGGGACCAGAGCCUCUUCCUCAGCACCGAUGAGGGAGCCACUUUCCAGAAGCAGCUCAUCUCCUUCUUUGUGGAGACUCUGACUUUCCACCCCAAGGAGGAGGACAAAGUGCUCGCCUACACCAAGGAGAACAAGCUCUAUGUGUCGUCUGACCUGGGGAAGAAGUGGACAUUGCUGCAGGAGCGUGUGACCAAGGAUCACGUAUUCUGGGCUGUGGCUGGAGUGGACAGCGACGCUGACCUGGUCCACAUGGAGGCCCAAGAUCCGAAUGGAGGUUUCCGCUACGUCACCUGCCGGAUCCACAACUGCUCUGAGAAGACGCUGAGGGCGCCGUUCGCAGGCCCUAUUGACCACGGCUCCCUGACGGUGCAGGACGGCUAUGUCUUCUUUAAGACAACCUCAACGAACCGGACCAAGUACUACGUCUCUUAUCGUCGCAAUGGAUUUGUCCUGAUGAAGCUGCCAAAGUACGCAUUGCCCAAGGACCUGCAGAUCAUUAGCACAGAUGAGAGCCAGGUGUUCAUGGCAGUGCAGGAAUGGCACCAGGUGGACACGUACAACCUGUACCAAUCAGACCCGAGUGGUGAGCUGUACUCGCUGGUGCUGGAGCAUGUACGCAGCUCGAGACAGGCCGAGGAGAGCGUGCUCGUGGACAUCCUUGAGGUCAGAGGGGUGAAAGGUGUCUUCCUGGCGAACCAGAAAGUCGACGGAAAGGUGAUGACGCUUAUCACCUACAACAAGGGCCGAGACUGGGCUUAUCUGAGGCCGCCCAGCACGGACAUGAAUGGGAAACCCACCAACUGCCAGCCCCCGGACUGCCACCUACACCUGCACCUGCGCUGGGCAGACAACCCCUAUGUGUCGGGCACCGUGCACACCAAGGACACUGCCCCAGGCCUCAUCAUGGGUGCAGGUAACCUGGGCUCGCAACUGGUGGAGUACAAAGAAGAAAUGUACAUCACGUCCGACUGUGGGCAUACCUGGCGGCAGGUGUUUGAGGAGGAGCACCACAUCUUGUACCUGGACCACGGAGGCGUCAUAGUGGCCGUCAAGGACACCUCCAUCCCCCUGAAGGUCCUCAAGUUCAGUGUGGACGAGGGCCUCACGUGGAGCACCCACAACUUCACCAGCACCUCAGUGUUCGUGGACGGGCUGCUGAGUGAGCCGGGGGAUGAGACGCUGGUUAUGACGGUCUUUGGUCACAUUAGCUUCCGCUCUGACUGGGAGCUGGUCAAGGUAGACUUCCGGCCCUUGUUCCCACGGCCAUGCAGCGAGGACGACUACAGCUCCUGGGAGCUCAUAGACUUGCAGGGCGACCACUGCAUCAUGGGCCAGCAGAGAAGUUUCCGGAAGAGAAAGCCCACAUCCUGGUGCAUCAAGGGGAGGAGCUUCACGUCAGCGCUCACAUCCCAUGUGUGUGAGUGCAGGGACUCGGACUUCCUCUGUGACUACGGGUUUGAGCGCACCCAGGACUCAGAGUCCAACGCCAGCAAGUGCUUGGCCAACUUCUGGUUCGACCCAGCAUCCCCUCCGGAUGACUGUGCCCUGGGCCAGACCUACACAAGCAGCCCCGGGUACCGGAAGGUGGUGUCCAACGUGUGCCAGGGCGGCGUGGACCUGCAGCGCGGAGCGGCCACCCUCCAGUGCCCCCUCACGCCGCCCCGGGGCCUGCGCGUCAGCAUCCGUGGCCAGACCAUGGCCGUGCUGCCCGGCGAGGAUGUCCUGUUCGUGGUGCAGCAGGAACAGGGUGACGUCCUGACCACCAAGUACCAGGUGGACCUCGGGGAUGGCUUCAAGGCCAUGUACGUGAACCUCACACUGACUGGGGAGCCUGUCCGACACCGCUACGAGAGCCCUGGCAUCUACCGCGUGUCUGUCCUGGCAGAGAACAUGGCAGGGCAGGACGAGGCUGUGCUCUUCGUCCAGGUUAACUCCCCCCUGCAGGCCCUCUACCUAGAAGUGGUUCCUGUCAUUGGCGUCAACCAGGAAGUGAACCUCACGGCUGUGCUGUUGCCCCUGAACCUGAACCUCACCGUCUUCUACUGGUGGAUUGGCCAUAGCCUGCAGCCACUGCUGUCCUUGGAGAACUCGGUAACUACACGGUUUGCAGACACCGGGGAUGUGCGGGUGACAGUGCAGGCUGCCUGUGGGAGCUCGGUGCUGCAGGACUCCAGAGUGAUCCGUGUGCUGGAUCAGUUUCACAUUGUGCCUCUGCGGUUUUCCAAGGACCUGGAUGCCUACAACCCCAACAUCCCAGAGUGGAGGGAAGACGUUGGCCUGGAGGUCACCCGGCUGCUCUCCAAGGAGACCAGCAUCCCUGAGGAGCUGCUGGUGACCGUGGUGAAGCCAGGGCUGCCCACCGUGGCAGACCUGUAUGUGCUCCUGCCCCCUCCCCGGCCCACCAGGAAGAGGAGCCUCCUAAGUGACAAGAGACUCGUGGCCAUCCAGCAGGUGCUGAAGGCUCAGAGAAUCAGUUUCUUCUUGCGUGGCGGGAUCCGUGUCCUGGUGGCCCUGCGGGAUGUGGACACAGGCUUCCAGCGGCUGGGUAGAGGCAGUGGCUACUGGGCAGUGGUGGUCCUCUUUGUCGUGGGGCUCUUCGCCGUGGGAGCGUUCAUCCUGUACAAGUUUAAAAGGAAACGCCCCGGCAGGACGGUGUACGCCCAGAUGCACAACGAGAAGGAGCAGGAGAUGACCAGCCCUGUGAGCCACAGCGAGGAUGCCCAGAGCGCCAUCCAGGGCAACCACUCGGGUGUGGUCCUGAGCAUCAACUCCCGGGAGAUGCACAGCUACCUGGUGAGCUGAUGUUGCCGCAGACCUUUCCCGGACACUCCUCUAUGCCGUUCCCUUUCCCUGUGGGUCGUCGGACCAGCGCCCAGCCAACACCAGGGCAGGAGCAGCAUCCCCUGGACCGACAGGAAGCCACCUCCUCCAGGUGCCCCACGCAAGGGCCAAUGCUCCUUCCCUGUCCGGUUCAAACUGCCCGGCUUUCGGGAGGGGCACGGAGCUGCCAGCCCCGGAUACCUGGACACCCCAGAUACCCCGGACACCCCAGAUACCCCCCACACCCUGACACUCUAAC